AUGUAUGCAAACAUGAUGUUUUUGUUUCUUAGUUUGUCUGUGUUCUUAAUCACAUCUAUAGUCGUUGGUCAAAGGGUCACACUCCCUGAUGAUGACCGAAGUUACUUGAUUGAGUUACUUCCACAAACAUACAAAGAUAUUUCAGCUGAUCGUGCUCAAGAACUCGUCUAUGAAUUGGAGAAUUUCUAUACAGGAAUUCGUGACAAUCUAUGGACAGAUUGUGGACCGCCUUAUGAAAUCGAUAAAGCAUUUCAUUUGCACAUUAUUAAUACACGCAUGUACGAAGCAUUUUCGCAAGUUACUUUCGGUCGAUUUGUUCAUCAUUCACCAUUCUGGUCUGCUCAUCCAGCGCCCAACGAUUUACUCGAGCGAUGCGGUGAUCAAAUGAAAAAAUUAAGAGAUCAUGAUGUUCCUGUCGUUUACGAAAACUUAUGGAUGCCACCAAUACGUGGAAAAUGUGAGAAUGAUUUCGUUGAUAAAGACGAUGAACGCCCUUAUUAUUGUGACCUGUAA